AUGAACGGGUUUAUUUAUAAUAACAGUUUCAAUGCUGUUCUUACAUCUGAAAAUCUCAUACCAGCCAAUAUCGAACGUCUUUUCUUCGAUGCACCUAUUUUACGUUGUUUUAUUGAUACUUUAUCAACGUACAUUUUGGUUGUAACGACAGACGCUCCAAAUAUUUUUGGAAGUUUUACAGUGACUGCAGCUGGACCUGGCUCUCUUACUUAUAUUGAAUUAGAAGAACAAUAA